CGGCCGCCAUCACCGCAUACAAGCUAAAACAUUAGCCGAAACAUUCUGAGGAAAGCGACUGACAAUAGUGUAACGAACGCAGAUACUGACCGCAUUCCCAUAAGGGAGGCCAUUAAGCGUCCUUUUUUCUGUCCGGGUGCAGAAAGCAGACUAGCAGCUGCCUUUCAUGUAGUCUUUAAGUCAACUUAGUAACGAAGUCGCUUUAAGUAAUCAUGUCCAACCUCAAAGGCGGCACCAAGAAGGACACCAAGAUGAGGAUACGAGCCUUUCCUAUGACGAUGGAUGAGAAGUAUGUAAAUAACAUCUGGGACCUUCUGAAAAAUGCCAUCCAGGAGAUUCAGAGGAAGAACAACAGCGGGCUGAGCUUUGAGGAGCUUUACAGGAACGCCUACACCAUGGUGCUCCACAAGCACGGCGAGAAGCUCUACACAGGCCUAAGGGAAGUGGUCACAGAGCACCUCAUCAACAAAGUACGGGAAGAUGUUCUAAACUCCUUAAACAAUAACUUUCUGCAAACACUGAACCAGGCUUGGAAUGACCAUCAAACUGCCAUGGUUAUGAUCAGAGACAUCCUCAUGUACAUGGAUAGGGUUUAUGUUCAGCAAAACAACGUGGAGAAUGUAUACAACCUCGGCCUAAUCAUAUUCAGGGACCAGGUGGUACGCUACGGCUGCAUUCGGGACCACCUACGACAGACGCUGCUGGACAUGAUUGCGCGGGAAAGAAAGGGGGAAGUCGUAGACAGGGGCGCCAUCAGAAACGCCUGCCAGAUGCUGAUGAUUCUCGGCCUGGACGGCAGAUCUGUGUACGAGGAGGACUUUGAAUGCCCCUUCUUAGACAUGUCAGCUGAAUUCUUCCAGAUGGAGAGCCAAAAGUUCCUGGCAGAAAACAGUGCCAGCGUCUACAUAAAGAAGGUCGAGGCGAGGAUCAAUGAAGAGAUUGAGCGAGUUAUGCACUGCUUAGACAAGUCAACCGAAGAGCCAAUCGUUAAGGUAGUGGAGAGGGAGCUUAUUUCAAAACAUAUGAAAACUAUUGUGGAGAUGGAGAAUUCUGGCUUGGUGCACAUGCUCAAGAAUGGAAAGACGGAAGAUCUGGCUUGCAUGUACAAGCUAUUCAGUCGAGUACCAAAUGGCCUGAAAACAAUGUGCGAGUGCAUGAGCUCGUACCUGAGGGAACAGGGCAAAGCUCUGGUGUCGGAAGAGGGAGAGGGCAAGAACCCUGUUGAUUACAUUCAGGGUCUGCUAGACUUGAAAACGCGAUUUGAUCAUUUCCUCCUCGAGUCUUUCAGCAGUGACAGACUCUUUAAGCAAACCAUCGCUGGAGACUUUGAGUAUUUUCUUAACCUCAACUCGCGCUCACCAGAGUACCUGUCACUGUUCAUAGACGAUAAGCUCAAGAAGGGAGUAAAAGGGCUGACAGAACAGGAGGUGGAGUCUAUUCUCGACAAGGCCAUGGUGUUGUUCAGGUUUAUGCAGGAGAAGGACGUUUUUGAAAGAUACUACAAGCAGCAUCUGGGCCGUCGGCUUCUCAGCAACAAGAGUGUCUCAGAUGACUCGGAGAAGAACAUGAUCUCUAAGCUGAAGACAGAAUGUGGCUGUCAGUUCACCUCUAAACUGGAAGGAAUGUUCAGAGACAUGAGCAUCUCAAACAGUACUAUGGAUGAGUUCAGGCAAUACAUCCAGAGCAUAUCGGCUUCUUUAAGUGGUGUAGACCUAACAGUAAGGGUCCUUACCACGGGUUACUGGCCUACACAGUCUGCAACACCCAAGUGCACCAUCCCUCCUGCUCCUAGAGAUGCAUAUGAAGUCUUCAGAAGGUUUUACCUUGCUAAGCACAGUGGAAGGCAGCUCACACUACAACAUCACAUGGGUGGAGCAGAUCUAAAUGCAACCUUUUAUGGAGCUAUCAAAAAGGAGGAUGGUUCGGAGGUUGGUGUCGGUGGAGCACAGGUAACAGGUUCUAACACCCGAAAGCACAUCUUGCAGGUCUCCACCUUCCAGAUGACCAUCCUCAUGCUCUUCAACAACAGGGAAAAGUGCACUUUUGAGGAGAUCCAGCAGGAGACAGACAUCCCAGAGAGAGAGCUGGUGCGGGCGUUGCAGUCAUUAGCCUGUGGAAAACCUACACAAAGAGUUCUAACAAAAGAGCCAAAGUCUAAAGAGAUUGAAAAUGGCCAUGUGUUUACAGUCAAUGAUCAGUUUACCUCCAAGCUGCACAGAGUCAAAAUCCAGACAGUUGCUGCCAAACAAGGAGAAUCGGAUCCUGAAAGAAAGGAGACACGACAGAAAGUCGACGACGACAGGAAGCAUGAGAUCGAGGCAGCCAUCGUCCGCAUCAUGAAGUCGAGGAAGAAGAUGCAGCACAACGUCCUGGUAGCAGAGGUGACCCAGCAGCUCCGAGCACGGUUCCUUCCCAGUCCUGUGGUAAUCAAAAAGCGCAUUGAAGGACUGAUAGAAAGAGAAUACUUGGCACGGACGCCAGAGGAUCGCAAAGUGUACACCUACGUGGCGUAGGAGAUGAAUGCUGGGGAGUAAAGAUUGGAAUGUUUUCUGUGGACUGUUGUUGCGUAUGGACUGUAAGUUUCUUUUUACAGACAUCGACUGGAACCCUGAUUCAUCAACUUGUGCAAAAAAAAAAAAAAAACAAACAAAAAAAACCACAAUAAACCCUCGUACAUGGGACGUAAAAACUUGGAAUAGACAAAAAAAGAAAAUCCAUCAGAUGUUCUAGAUGACUCUUGAAAUCGGGCUCGGUCUUCCUAUUCCCACUGAGUUUUUACAUGGAUGGAUCCAGCUUCAAGAUUUUCACUGUUUUACCCUGGUAGAGUUCAUAACUUGCAAAGAAUCCCGUGGGAAAAUGUGAAUGCACCACAUUAUUAUUUUUUUUGUGUUUCAGUACUGUAUAAAGCUAAUAAAAUUAUUAAAAACA